AUGGGUGUUAUUACAGCCACAUUAAUUGUGCUGACAAUAACUUAUCUCAUAUCUUUUGCUUUCCGAAAAAUCAAAUUCAUUUAUGACAAGCUUACGGUAUUCCAAGGGCCCGCGGCUCUUCCAUUUCUUGGAAAUUUCCAUCAAUUCCAUUUUGCUCCUGAUCAAUUUUUCGAACAAGCUCAAGGUAUUUCAUAUAUGAUGAGAAGAGGAGACACUAGAAUGACUAGAAUUUGGUUAUCUGGAUUACCAUUUGUUAUUUUAUAUGGAGCUGAAGAAGUUGAAGCAGUUUUAGGAAGUCCGAAAAUGCUUAAUAAACCAUUUUUGUAUCAAUUUUUGAGUGCGUGGAUUGGACAAGGAUUGUUAAUUGCGUAAGUUUCUAUCUAAAAAUCUGAAAAACUUCGAUAUAAAUUUCCUGAAAAUUUCAGAAAACCUGACAAAUGGCGACCUCGUCGAAAACUAUUGACACCAACUUUUCACUACGAUAUUUUGAAAGAUUUUGUGGAGGUGAAUUCAAUUUGUCAAAGUUUUUUGAACUCUGAUUUUUGCAGGUUUACAAUCGUCACGGUUCAACUCUUCUCUCAAAAUUCGAAGCUCUUGCUGAUAAAAAACCAGAUGAAUACACUGAUAUUUUCCAUACAAUAACACUUUGCACUUUGGAUGUUAUUUGUGAAGCAGCGUUGGGAACAUCUAUAAAUGCACAAAAGAAUCCACAUUCUCCAUAUUUAGAUGCAGUUUUCAGGUGAGAUUUUUUCAAGUUAAAUUAGAAAUGUCGAAUCUUUUUAUAGAAUGAAAGAGAUUGUAUUUGAUCGUUUGAUUCGUCCACAUUAUUAUUCCGAUACACUUUUCAAUAUUCUUGGUCCUGGAAAAGAGCACAAUGAAUGUGUUAAAAUUCUUCAUGAAUUCACAAGCAAAGCGAUUUAUGAAAGAAAAGCAAAAGUUGAUGCCGCGGGAGGAGUUGAACAAUUAUUAGCUCAAGAAACUGCUGAAGGAAGAAGAAGAAUGGCAUUUUUGGAUUUGAUGUUGGAUAUGAAUUCAAAAGGAGAAUUGCCGAUGGAAGGAAUUUGUGAAGAAGUUGACACUUUCACGUUUGAAGGUAAGUUAAUUAUUCUAUUAGGAUUUCAAAAUGAAAUAUUAUAUAGGGCAUGAUACAACAUCUGCUGCAAUGAAUUGGUUCCUUCAUUUAAUGGGUGCAAAUCCACAUAUUCAAUCAAAAGUUCAACAAGAAAUCGAUGAUGUUUUGGGAGAAGCUGAUCGACCGAUAACUUAUGAGGAUCUUGGAAAAUUAAAAUAUUUAGAAGCAUGUUUCAAGGAAACUUUGAGACUGUAUCCAUCAGUUCCUUUGAUUGCUCGACAAUGUGUUGAAGAUAUCACAAUUCGAGGGAACACAUUACCCGCUGGAACUGCUGUUGUAAUGGUUCCAUCAAUGGUUCAUAAAGAUCCAAAAUAUUGGGACGAUCCAGAAGUUUUUGAUCCGGAAAGAUUUAUUUCUGGAGUUUUAAAACAUCCGUAUGCUUAUAUUCCAUUUUCGGCUGGAAGUCGAAAUUGUAUUGGAAUGAGAUUUGCUAUGAUGGAAGAAAAAUGUAUAUUAGCAAUGAUUUUGAAAAAAUUGAAAGUAAAAGCAAAACUAAGGACGGAUCAAAUGAGAGUUGCUGCUGAAUUGAUUAUUAGACCAAUGUUUGGAAAUGAAUUGAUGUUUAGAAGACGAGAAUUUGGAGAAUAUUCACCGAUCAUAGCAUAA